AUGUUAAGCCAACAUAAUUUAUAAAGUAGUCGAAAGAAUAUAGGGAACAGUUCAAGUUAAUAAUUGUAAAAGUUCUAGGAAAAUGGAUUUUAUUAAUUUAUCUUGAGCAGAAAUAGAGCUAAGGAGAAGAUGGUAAAAAAAUAAAAAUAAAUCACUCCUUUAAGGCAGAUGCGUCCUUCGACUGCUUUUGUAGAUUCCAAAGGAAAAUAAAAGUUCUAAAUGAAUUUUGGGUUAUAAUUGGAAAGUUUCAGCACUUUAUAACCUAAACAUUAAAUAUUUGAGGAGCAUUAGAAAAAUAACUCCUAGCAUUAAGCAUCAUCUACUCCUAAUUAGAAAAUUUAUGUAAAUGAUCAGAAGAUAUUGAGGGCAAUGUCUGCAUUAAGAAAAAUAAAAAAUUAAAGAGCUUUUCGUCCUUGUCCAUUUACUUUGGGGUUUAAUAUAGAAUAAUGCUCCAUUAAACCAAAGACUAUAAAAUAAAGAUCGAUUAGUUAAUUCUAGUAAAUUAAAAGCUUAAAUCGUACAGAGAUCAUGAAAUAUAAAAGACAUGAAUCUCCUUAGACUAUUUAAAAACCAAACUUGUAAAAUUAAUUUACAAAAUGGGAGUAAUAUGAUGAUAGCAAUUUAUUCGAUCUAAAUUUCUUGAACAAUAAUCUCUUCAAAUACGAACUUUGA